AUGCUCAUCUCUGGAUCAUCAGCGGCCCUCUGUGCAUUGGCUUUGCCUUUUGCGGCGGCCAAGUCGUUAUGGUCUGAUUCCCCAGGAAAUUAUAGUAGCUUCAUAACCACUGCAUUUCCUCUAGGAAAUGGACGAUUGGGGGCCAUGCCUAUAGGUUCCUACGACAAGGAAAUUGUCAAUCUCAAUGUCGACUCGUUAUGGCGUGGAGGGCCCUUUGAAAGUCCGACAUACUCAGGAGGAAAUCCAAAUGUUUCUAAGGCAGGUGCACUUCCUGGUAUCAGGGAAUGGAUAUUCCAAAAUGGGACAGGCAACGUCUCUGCGCUGCUGGGCGAGUAUCCGUACUACGGAUCGUACCAGGUGUUGGCAAAUCUGACCAUCGACAUGGGCGAAUUGAGCGAUAUUGACGGAUACCGUCGGAACUUGGACUUGGAUUCGGCUGUUUACUCGGACCAUUUCAGCACCGGCGAGACCUAUAUCGAAAGGGAGGCUUUCUGCUCGUAUCCGGAUAAUGUCUGCGUCUACAGACUCAGCUCAAACUCAUCACUACCUGAGAUUACCUUUGGACUGGAGAACCAGCUUACGUCGCCUGCCCCGAAUGUCAGCUGCCAUGGGAAUAGCAUCAGCCUUUAUGGCCAGACUUACCCUGUUAUCGGGAUGAUCUACAACGCCAGGGUGACGGUCGUCGUUCCCGGAUCAAGCAAUACGACUGAUCUCUGCUCUUCGUCAACUGUCAAAGUGCCAGAGGGUGAAAAAGAGGUUUUCCUUGUAUUUGCUGCCGACACCAACUAUGAAGCCUCCAACGGGAAUUCCAAAGCCAGCUUUUCGUUCAAGGGGGAGAACCCGUACAUGAAAGUCCUCCAAACGGCGACCAAUGCUGCCAAAAAGUCCUACUCUGCACUCAAGUCAUCUCACGUCAAGGAUUACCAAGGCGUUUUCAACAAAUUUACCCUUACUCUUCCAGAUCCCAAUGGCUCAGCCGACCGUCCAACUACCGAGCUUCUGUCGUCUUACAGUCAGCCUGGAGACCCCUACGUGGAGAAUUUGCUCUUCGACUACGGUCGCUACCUGUUCAUAUCAUCAUCGCGACCAGGAUCCCUGCCGCCAAACUUGCAGGGUCUCUGGACGGAGUCGUAUUCUCCUGCUUGGAGCGGUGACUACCAUGCCAAUAUCAACCUACAGAUGAACCACUGGGCCGUUGACCAAACAGGACUAGGGGAGCUGACUGAGCCCCUCUGGACAUACAUGGCUGAGACAUGGAUGCCUCGAGGCGCGGAGACAGCAGAGUUGCUGUAUGGCACCUCGGAAGGUUGGGUGACGCAUGACGAGAUGAACACAUUCGGACACACAGCCAUGAAAGACGUCGCCCAGUGGGCCGACUACCCUGCCACAAAUGCAUGGAUGUCACAUCACGUAUGGGACCACUUCGACUAUUCUCAGGACAGUGCCUGGUAUCGCGAAACAGGCUACCCCAUUCUCAAAGGAGCAGCCCAAUUCUGGCUCUCUCAGCUUGUGAAAGAUGAGUACUUCAAGGACGGCACCCUAGUUGUAAACCCCUGCAACUCACCCGAGCAUGGGCCUACACUAACGCCCCAGACCUUCGGCUGCACCCACUACCAACAACUCAUCUGGGAACUGUUCGACCACGUCCUCCAAGGCUGGACCGCCUCCGGCGACGACGACACCUCCUUUAAGAACGCCAUCACCUCCAAAUUCUCCACCUUAGACCCAGGCAUCCACAUCGGCUCAUGGGGCCAAAUCCAAGAAUGGAAGCUCGACAUCGACGUCAAAAACGACACCCACCGGCACCUCUCCAACCUCUACGGCUGGUACCCAGGCUACAUCAUCUCCUCCGUGCACGGCUCCAAUAAAACCAUCACCGACGCCGUCGAAACAACCCUCUAUUCCCGCGGCACCGGCGUCGAAGACUCCAACACCGGCUGGGCCAAGGUAUGGCGUAGUGCCUGCUGGGCGCUCCUCAAUGUCACAGACGAAGCAUACUCCGAGCUCUCGCUUGCAAUUCAGGAUAACUUUGCCGAAAACGGAUUCGAUAUGUACUCCGGAUCACCUCCGUUUCAGAUCGAUGCUAAUUUCGGGCUUGUGGGAGCGAUGGUUCAGAUGCUUAUCAGGGACUCGGACCGUUCUAGUGCGGAUGCGAGUGCUGGGAAAACGCAGGAUGUGCUUCUUGGGCCAGCGAUUCCCGCGGCGUGGGGAGGUGGGAGUGUUGGUGGACUGAGACUAAGGGGUGGUGGUGUCGUGAGUUUCAGCUGGAAUGAUAGUGGAGUGGUCGAUUCAUGCAAGGCGGAUCUUUCUGCGAGAGGCAGUGAUGUCUCGCAGGUGAAAUUCUAUGUUGCGGGUGGUAGGGCGAUUGAUUGUUCGUCAUGA